GCUUGCCAAGAUACCUAGCAGAACUCGAUAGUCACGUUCGCCAGGCAAAAGUGAAUCCGACGACAACUCAAACGCCCUACCGUAAGAAAAAGAAAGUCAAUACAGCCAACCAACAAACUACAGCCAUACGAUAGAAAAUCAUAAUUAUAAUAGCUUGAUAAUCGAAUGGCAUAAAUUCGCACAUCUGAUUCUCUUCUCGUAAAUUUGAAUCUUCCGUAUUCUACAUCCAGAAUCCAAAUUAUCAUACAAAUCAAUAACAACCAACGAAACAAUGUCUAUGGAAUUCGGAAAUGUUCAGUCGGCGGCCAUUGAGGGCGCGACUUUUACAUUCAACCUCGACGAUGCAUCAUCUCAGAAGCAAAAGAAUGGAACACCUUUGAAGCCUUGUCUCAGGACCGAUUGCGUCGCACAUCGAACAAAGCAAACACAGCUUGAAUGGGAGCUCAAAGAAGCGCGCAUGCUGGUCCAACAAAAGGAAGAGCAGGUGUCGACAACAGUCGCCCAACUCGAAUCCUACGACCAAAGACUUCAAGCGGCACAUAUCGAUCUUGCAGCUUUCGAACCUAUCGUUGCGAAAUUGGAAGCAGGCUAUAUCGAAGAAAAGAGGAAGAACGAAACUUUCACAGCUCUCCAAGAAAGGUUUAUUCAAGAGCAGCGGAAUCUCGAAGCAAGAUAUACCGCAGAGAAGAAAAAGAGAACCGUCGAGUACGAUAAUCUAAGAGAGAAACAUUUUGACCUACAAGACAAAAUGGCCGAUUCAAAAAGAAAUGAUGCUGCUACUAUACUGGAGCUUGAAAAGCAGAUUGAAAAAUUGGAGAAUUUAGUUUCCGAGAAGGAAAAAUAUAUCAUAUAUGUCGAAAAUCAAAUGAAUGGCAGGGAAGCGGAGUGCCUUAAUAGAGACCAGCGAUGUGAAGCUAUCGAGCAAGAAAACCGGGAUCUGAAGCACGAGAUACAAGAAGCCGAAAAUUACAUGACUGAGAUGCAGACUAGACACGACGACGCUCAGGCGGAUUAUGAGAAAUUGAGUUUUGAGUUUGCUGCCUAUAAGGACGAAAUGGCGGUACAUAUAAGCAAAAACGAACGGCUUAUACAACGUGUGGCCGUUGAAAAGCAAAAACUCGAAGAUUUCAGAAACGAUGCUAGAGCAAUUCAAAAAGAAAGCAAGAGGGUGCAAGAGGAGUUGGUGCAAAAGGAGCAGGAAACGCAGGAGCUUCUUGAGAAGAUUGAGAAGGUCAACAAAGAGCUUGUGGCCGAAGGAGGAGCUGGAGUAUCACCAGAAGCGCAAAAGCUGAUGUCAGAAUAUGUUCAGAUGUGCCGCAAUGUCAUACAACAGAUUGUAGACGCUCGAAAGGCCCAAGAACCAGGUUUCAACCCAGCCCCCGGAACUUACGAACCCAAUGACGGUGACAGUGGUAAAAAUUCAACCGCAGGCAGCAGCGCAGCUAGCGAGAGUAGCAGCAGCAGCUCCUCUGAAGACGAAGUCGAAGAUGAGGCAGGGGAGGGAGGAGAAGGAGAAGGAGAAGGAGAAGGAGGGGUAGAAGGAGAAGGUAUUCCCGAUCUCCAAGUCAUCAACAAAAAAACCAGACGUCGCGGACAUGGCCCUGAUGCUGGUCCUAAGGUUGAAAUCCGGAUUCAAGAAGUAGAAGUGAUUCGAGAAGUUUACAUUCCCGGCCCAGAAAUUAUGGUUCCUGGUCCUAUUCAAUACGUUGAUCGCGAAGUACCUGUGCCAGGACCUAUCACACAAGUCGACGUACCAGGUGCAGAUAUCCCUGGACCAAUUCGUUAUACGCCAUUCCGAGUAUUCGCUCACAAUCCCGUCAUUUGCUGGCUCUUGGUCGAAUUCAAUUUCCUCAUCCUUUUCUUCCAUUGGUGUAAGCAUUUGUUGGCUCUUCUUAGUUGGGUCCCUGCAAAGAUCACUGGACGCGACCCCUGGGAUAUAUCACCUCCUGAUGACGACCCCAAUUCCGAAGAGUCUGAAGCAAGCGACGGUUCUGGCGCAGGUGAUGUUGAUAAACCACCCAGAGUUGGACCUAAACUUCUCUCUGUUUUAUUCAAUCCAAAGCGUGGAAGAUUGCCAAAUGCCUGGGAUACUUUUUGGGGUUUGGUAUUCCAUGCGGUGUUCUACAGUGCACUUUGGUUGUUCCUCGCGGUUGCUUAUGAGCGCAAAAUUUGGGUUGCAGAAAACGAUUCUACUCGUAGAUGGCUUUACCAAAUAAUUGUGCAGCGCGGCGGUAGUGGUUUCCUCGGUAUGAAUCAAAUCUUACCUCAACGUGUUGUUCGUCUAUUAGACAUAUGGAGGUUUGAACUUGUGGAGCUUAUGGGCUAUCCUGUCGCAUAUCAGUUCCCUGGUUGAUGUGUACGCAUGUGAUAUGUGGGUUCAUACUUCUUGGGGAAGAUAUAUUGAAGAAUUGGAGCAUGAUUAUCAUGCAUGGCUUCUAUGUUUGACGAGCAGGACUCUUCUUUUCGAUAAACCUCUUGCCUCGCUUCUCUUGAAAUACUGCUUCUUGCCGAGUUUCUUCCAUAGCACACGCGAUACAUAGCUCUGUGUAAUUGGUGCUAUUCCUCCUUCGUGGCGUUUCGGAUGGGUGGAUGGAAUAUCCUAAACUUACUACUUUACGAAAAGAACAACAUGUUCACAAUUUCUCCUCGUGGCUCUGGUUCCACACAUUGAUGUAUUUUUCUGCUUGUUUCAUUUGGACACACACCUACUCGGACAAGUAGCGUAAAUUGGGGGAUUAAAUACGAAGCCUCGAGAUGGUACAAAAGGCCGCUAUACUUCUAGAUAAUAUACGGUUUUAUGUCUGCUCGUCGGUUUCUGAGGUGGCUCGAUAGUAGCAUUGGAUUAGCACCAAUGUGUUGAAUAAAACAAAUUUUCA